CUCUCUCUCUCUCUCUCUCUCGCUCUCUCUCACACUCCCCUUCUCUCUCUACUUCCUCAAAGUGGCCAGAGCUCCUUCUCUUUUCUCUGGUCCUCUCUACAUCCCUCCACCACUCCUCUUCUUCGUCCUCCAGCUGCGAGAGCGACCAGCACCGACCGGCUCGGCCCAUUCACCUCCACCUCCGACCUCAAAAAGGAUCUCAGGCCUUCUUACUUUUUCCCUCAAGUCUUCCAGUGAACACCCCAUUUUUUUUUUUUGAAAUUCUUGACCUUUUUUGGUCUGUCACCCUUCCCGUCAUCCGGAGAGUUGGCGUGUGUGUGUCUGCCGUGUGUCUGGUUUGCGUGCGGCAGCGUGUACGAGGGCUCCGGUGUCGUGCUCUUUGCCCCGAGGGACUCCCUGAAGGUCGUGACUGGAGGAGACAAAAAGUUUUUCAGCACCAUGAAUGUCCAGCUGCUGCUCCUGUUGGCCCUGGCCGGCCCGUUCUGCGCCUUCACACAUGCAAGCCCCACAGAAAUCCCUGCAGAGCUCGCCACCGGGACCGUCCUGGUGAGUGAAGGAGGUGACCCCGCUGCGGCAACCGAGGCUGCACAAGAUGAACCCACAGUUGUCACCGGUCCCCCUGCAACCGAGCCGCCAGCGGCCUCUGCAGAAGUAACCGAUGCUGUCCCGGUGGAAGUCACUGAAGCUGUCCCUGAAACUGUUACUGAGGCUGCCACUGAAGCUGCCACUGAAGCUCUUACUGAGGCUGCCACUGAGGCUGAGUCUGAAGAGAUCACAGAGUCGGUCACUUUCCCUACCGUCAUCACCGAGGAGCCCAUCCCCGAGACAGAGGCUCCCACUGCUGCUGCAGAAGCACCAGAGCCCCUCGCCACCGACGCUCCUGCCGUGGAGACCGCAGCCCCCACCGAGGCAGCAGAGGUUGAGCCCGUGGCGACGGCGGCCGCCGAGGAAGUGACGGAAGAGAGCGUGGUCGUUGAUGACAUAGAGGAGGGAAUGAGCUCCGGCCAGGUAGCCGGCGUCGUGAUUGGCAGUCUGCUGGCAGUGGUCAUCGUCAUCGCCGUGAUGACAGCUGCAUGUAGGAGGAUGGGAAAAUACUCCCCUUGAAGAAAAAAGCAGCAAAGCAGCAAGAGCACCCAAGGUUCUGGAAAUUCUGAACUACUGAACUGUGACGUCAUUUCUGAUCAUUAAAACAAGCACGACUCCAGAACUAAACCAACCUAACCAGGACUCUGGACUGCCAAAAAAAACAAAACAAAAAAAACAGGGGGAGGGAGGCUUGUGUGUAUUUAUGUGUGUAUUUGUAUGAGUGUGAGACAAGAGGGGUACAUGAGCAGACAUCCUCGCCUCCCCCCCCCGCUAUCUCCCUGACCCCCUAAAGCUGCAGAUAUGAAAGGCUGUGGCUUCCCCUGCUCCCCCCCCGGGAGAACAAAACGAGGUGACAGCAGGAUGUCACAAAGAAUUUCAGGGCUUUUCAGAUGCAUUUCAUAAAGAAAGAGAAGCAGGGGAUUAUCUGACAUGCAGGGGGGGGGUAAACUCCCUCCUCUAAACUAUUUCAGUGACUGACUUAGAUUUGCACUUAAGUGUGUGAAGGACAUAACAAAUGCUCACAUAACAAUAGGAAAUUAAACACACGUGGAUGGUGGGAACAGGAAAAAUGCAAGAGAGACAGUUACAAAUUCCACAGGAUGUAUAUACAAUGUAAGGGGGACUACACAGCAUACAGCUAAUGACUUUCUCCUAAUGCAGUUGCCUAGGCUAGCAUUUGAUAUUAUGGAAUACACAGUAGACACAGACCUUUGUUGUGGCCUUUAAGACGCCCCUGAGCACCAGUUCAAACGUUUCCUCAUGUAGCCAGAUCCUCUGACAUGUCGGCCGACUGUAUGAAGCACCGUGUGCCGAAGUUUUUCUCUCCCCGACAUGACGAUAGUCGCGAGCGGUGUAGGCUAGCACGGGGCUAACAGGAACGACGAAGGCACCUCAUUUGCAAGAGUAACGCGACAUUCUGCCCACGUUAACACUGACUUCUAAAAACCUAAUACAUAUCUGUGAAAUUUAGCAGAAGGGUUUGCGCCACUGUCUCUGGUAUUCUCUCGGACCUUUGGAGGAUUUGCAGUUUUGAAGUGCGUUAUUAAUGUGAAUUGACUGUAGUUUUUAACUGCCACCCAUUCCAAAAAAACAGAACAGCUUCGUCGACUCCCGGCUCGUUCCAUAGGAAGCCUCUCACCCAGCCCGCGGCUGCUAGACCUGGUGAUUGCAUUGUCCCGACAGUGUGCUCACAGUACUUGUGUUAAUAGGUAGAUUACCAGAACAGCCAUCCCGUCUUUACAUUGGCCUAACCCCAGACCGGUGCACAGGAUGACAUUUUUAUAGUUGCACUUAGUUUUAGUGCACAGUGUUAGGCAGCAAUGCCCCUGCUUUUUUUUUUUUUUUUGCAAUUGUACGUAUGCUAAAUGGGUGUACAAUUUAUGAAGUCUCAGCUUUGCUCUGCUGGCUUUCCAAACUGGUUUAAUAUGUGCACUGACUGAGUGAUGUAAUGGUUAAUGACUAGGCUUUAGACACUGCAAACGUUUGCAACGACAUGUGUCCGCGUCCUCCCUUCUGCUUUGCCUCAUAUUAUCAGUUCUAGGUCUUUAAUUUGUGCCAUCUGAUUUGUUUGAACCUUGUAUUUAAUUGCAGUGUUUUUGUUCAUACUGUUUCAAUAAAAAACUGAAAACACUCCACAACCUA